AUGACAGGUUUUCAGGCCUUUGAGCUUACGGCAGCUGAUUAUUGUUUUCCCAUGUUUUACGCAGGAUGUACGAUAUCGUUCCGCCUCAAAUCUCCUGAUCUAGGGGUAUCAAUUCUCGCUGAAGCAGUCAAACAAGUAACGGAUCGUCUCCCCUUCCUAACGGGUGUAGUUGGGCCAUCGAAGAAAAGGCCCGAAAUUAUGGAGGUCCGAUCUGAAACUACCAACGGCCUGGAGAAAUUAUACCCUCCUUUGUGCGCCGUCCAGCGAUUUCCACACCUUCGGCUUCCUAGAUCAGACCUUUCAUCCAAAGAAGAAAACGGGAGCUAUGAUCGCGACACUAGUCACAUCAUGGUGCCGCUCCAAAUCGCAGCGCUUUCAGCGGACCACCCCGUUAUUCGCUUUCAAAUAAAUGUUCUUGCGGAUGGGAUUAUUCUUUCACUGUUUGCCAACCAUAUGGUGAUAGAUGGUACCGGUAUUGGAACGCUCAUUGAGCUGUUGGCCGCCAAUUCAGGAUCUUGCCAAGAAAAUAGCCAGUUGCAGUCUCUUUCAAUGAAUUCCAACUCUGACGCAAGAGAAGUCCUUUCUACGAUCAGCCAGGAAAAGGCCAAUCACCAAGCCCUAAAUCCUUCAACAACACAUACCAUUAGAUCCAAUGACAUACACAACUCCUCGCUUGUCGACUACAAUUUCCACAUAUCGAUUGACAAAAUCAAGCUCUUGCAUCAACAGGCGCUGCAGACAUCAAUGGGGGUCUCGCAGGACGACGUUGUAACAGCGGCAUUAUGGGUGUGCCUUAGCGAAAUUCGCUCUCGGCCAGGAGAAAAUGGGAUGCAUAGGUGCAGCCUGCAGCGACUAAUCAACGCCCGGCACCGCUUGCGUCCCACCUUGCCCGCUCACUAUGUUGGAAACUGUUUUGUUUUAUUCAACGAGUCGGCGGGUACCAAAGAGUUGCAGACAAAGAAUAUGGAAGAGUCACGCAAAAUUAUUGCAGCAGCCUGCAGGUUAAGGAAAGGUCUGAAUCAAGUGGACGACAGGUAUGUCAGGAAAUAUUUCGCUCAGUUCAGUCAGCCAAACGACUGGGCGAGCACCACAAUUCACCAAUCGGAUGUCACUGUCUCCAGUCUCCGCCGGCUGCGGGUCUAUCAGAACUUUGGUCCGGCCCUGGGAGAUGUGAUUAACUGGGAACUGCUGCCGUACGCCUGCCCAGAAGGCGUGUGCACUAUUAGGCCAGCUCGGGGGGCCAACGACCCUUGGGAGGUGAAUGUGUCGCUCAAUCGCACGGAAAUGGAUAUGCUGCGGAAGAACUCGGUCUUCAGCUGGCUAGUGGAGUACGAAUCGCCAUUCAAGAUCUUCGAGUCGAACGUGUAG